AUGCUUAAAAAACAUUUAAAUUAUUCUGAUCUUUUAGUUCUUUUUAUUUACGUUCCUUCUAGAGCUUGUUGGUUAGUAACAUAUGAUUGGCGUGGUGGUGACCUUUUAUGUAGAUUAAUAAAAUUUGCCCAUACAUUUGCUUUUCAGAUCUCAUCUAAUGUAAUUGUUUGUAUUGCCCUUGAUCGUUUACUUUCUGUCCUUAGUGUUUCACAUCGAAAUCCGGGACAGGCAACUUGCCGAAUGAGAAUAAUGCUUUUAAUUGCUUGGAUUGCUGCUGCUGUUAUUUCAGCCCCUCAAUUUGUUGUUUGGAAAUUAUAUCAGGCAUUUGACAAUCCGCCAUGGAGUCAAUGUAUGCAAAUAUGGGAAAUUGAACGGUCACAAUUACAACGAAAUAAUAAUUUCCACCUCGCUUCUAAUGAUACGACAAUAAAAUUGCUUGACAGCAAAGUUAGAUUAAAUAAUUAA